UCGAGCUGAUUGCACGCAAGAACUGCUUUCUUGAUGUCUUUAUCUUGAGCUUACUUUCAUGCAAUUUUUCCUGCAACCAAAAAUGAGCGUUGAAAAUCAACCCAAAACGCCGUCUCUGUGUCCUCGCAGUGACCCGGAUGUGAUGUGUGUUUUCAACAACAGUGGUAGUUUUGAGCCGUCCACGUCCCAGAGUCAAAGAGAAGCAUCAUCCACAAUGUCACCCACAUAUAGUUUCCCAGGGACAGACAUUGCCGAUGUUUCUGCUGAAGUUUUGUCCAGGAAGUUCGGUUCGUCUCAAGGUGGUGCUGGAGAUCGUGCUCACGCUCCUGUUAAGUCUCGUCACCAGAAGGCGCUGACUUGCCGACGGAAACACAGGACGCCCUAUGCUUGGCUACACCGAGAUUUAACCCUAGAAGAUGAAUACAACAUCGCAACUGUAGAUGGCGAGGAUCUUGACAACAGCAACUGCUCGAGAUCCCAACCAACAGCCAGAGCUGCUACGUACAAACCAGUCUUUACACCCCACUCCCGUUCAUCGGAGGAACAGAGCAGAUCACUUCAGCGAGUGAGGAAGGCAUGUCGAGCAGAUAGAGAAAUACACUAUACAGAGUAUCAUCUUCAUGAAUGGUACACCAAUUUCAGCGACGUCAAGCGGCGAAUCAAGCACAUUUCCUAUGUUGCCUUAUUUGAACCAUGUGCCGUCACAGUAACCGAUGUUUACCACACCACUGUCACAGAAGACAUAGGCAGGAGCCCAGGCACCAAGGCACGGAGUCUGAAGCGAUCCCUGAGCUUGGAAGCAUCCCAUUACACUGAUGAACAUCAUCUUCCUUUAAAGAAGAGAAAGAGAUACAUGGCAGCUUCCACCACCAACACUGCGGCCACAGGAAGUAGUAGGGUUGACACAGCCACAUCACCUGCAGCUCGAUGUGAUCCACCAUCAGCCAGCCAGGCUGCUCCUGUCAUCCACAUGGCCUCCGCUCCUGCUACUACUGCUGAACAUCAUCCAUCGACAGCCUCCACAUCCCCCUCUUCUUCACUGUCUAACCCGGGUAGCAGACGACACGCCAUCAAGAGACAUGCCACGUGGGAUGACUGUUUGCCCUUGAAGAAAAACAAGACAAGUUGAUGUUUCGAAGGUUGCCGAUACGACAAGGAGGUUGAAAUUCUUGUCCCCACACUUAUAUCUAAUUAACUUAUUAAAGAUUGCUUUUGAUACAACAUGUAAUACACAUAUUUGCGAUCAUGUUUUGUAUGGAUUGUUCUAUAUGUCAAGUUUGAAAUGAUUAAAUGUCAACUUCUUU